UGGUUUAUUGCCAAGUGGGUUUUCAACAAACCAGGAAUUUGCUUUGGUGUUUUGGUUCAUAUCAAUAAACGAAAUAAAAAAUAAAAAAAAGAAACAUAAACAAAGAUAAAACAAGCAAGUAGUGCAGGUCAGAUAUCUGAAAUUUAACAAUAAGAAAGUAUUUACAAUAAAAAUGUGGAAAAAUAUAAAUAUAUACAAAUUCUGACAUGAUUGUGGCUCCAUGUUCGUCAGAUGGUGAAACCUGUUGCGGGGGUUUGCUCCCAUUCUCUGGUGUUGGGUGACAGAGAUUCAUACGGGACUUAUCAUAUCGCAUGGAAAUGGAUGAAAAACCAAAUAUAUAGACUCCUCCUGUCAGCCAAAGCCAAAUGUACUUGAUAUAGUGUUAUGUUAUUAAUGCACGUGUUUUUUUACCAGUCUGCAGUGUGUUCAGCAGAUUAAUCAGAGUAACAGACACUGUUUGUAGUCGCUGCUCAAUGACAUGAACUAAAUUCCAGUCACCUCCAUAUUAUGAGGUUGGAGGCAGAAUGUCAAGACAGAUAUCAGUAUCUCAAAACCUGGAAUAAUAAAACCAAAACUAUUUACAUGGACAGAUGUAGAGUAAAAUUAUUUAGUUUGGGUGAACUUGCCCUUUAAACCUUGAAAAUUCCUUAUUUGGUGAAAAAAAAGACACAAACGUCUGAGAGAGCUCAAAACUGCAAAGAUCUUAAACAUGAAGUGAUUCUCCUCCCAACAUGACUUUUUUUAGUGGCAUAUCAGCUGGAAAUCAAACCAGGGAGGUUGCUACUACCUGGUAUGUAUGUUAGAGAGAUGCGUGGAGUAAAUAUGGAACACAGCUUUGAUUCAUGUUAGUUACAAUAACACUGAUAUAUUUUUGUGGUGGGAGAAAAUGUCAAAAUAUAAGUAAAAGGAGACAAAUUGCCAAAUCUGGUGCUUCACAAAAGUAAUUUAGAUUUCCCUUUUGAAGUUUGCAUCAGAACUUUUCCAGAAUAUUCACAAAUGUAAAGUAGGAAACUAAAGUAAAUACAAGACUUAUGUAAAUCCUAAUAUCACCCUGUAACAUCUGAUUAUAAUCAUUGAUUUGAAUCUUAAAUUCUUACAACAGCAGUUCUUUAAUUUAAGCAUGAAUGAGACAUGACAGUUUUUAACCUGUUAACCUGUCAGUUACACUUCAAGUCUUAUGGUGCAACACAAAAUAUACAUUUGCCUGUAUGACUAAUUUUUAGCAGAAAGAGUGUCAACAUGAGCUGCUGUUGCUCCAUCAAGGGAAAAAUCACAUCUUUAAAACUAAAACAACCAGUUUUAUGAAUUUGUUCUAUUUUAAAAUAAAUAAAAUACUCAAAACAAAAUCCAAGAAAAAUGUUCCCCCGCUCUUAGACCAGUACUGAAAAAAAACCCACUUUGCUCACCUGAAUCCUGCUCAGUAGCUGAUUCAGUGUUGUUGCAGUAAAUCUUCUAACCGUCGGUGGCAGCACUGAGCGAGGAAAACAUGUCCGCCAUCUUUGAUUCUAUGGUUUGAUUUCAGUGGGAUUGUACCGGCACUUUAUCGGAAGCCGUGAGGAGUCCACCGUCAGGAGCAGAGCAUGAGGAGAUGAAUGGAGUGACAGUGGAAGCAGAAGAAAGAGGAGAGGACUGUCAGCAGCUUCCUGCUCAAGGAGAGACGAGUCCCGACACCGAGGCGCCGCCUGCACCAGAGGAAUCUGCAGGAAAACAAAGCAGCCGUCAGUCAAAACGCCGUCACCGCUGCUCAGUAUGCAGCAGGGAGUUUUCCCGCCCAUCUCGUCUGGCGGACCACCUGGCCACGCACACAGGCGAAAAACCUCACAGCUGCAACAUAUGUGGGAAGCGCUUCACAAAGAAGAUAAACGUGACGGUGCAUCAGCGGAUUCACACCGGUGAGAAGCCGUACUCCUGUCCGGACUGCGGGGUCAGCUACGCCCAGCUGGGCUGCCUGCGGAGGCACCGCAUCCAGCACGCCGCCGAGAAGCCCCACCAGUGCUCGGUGUGCGGGCGAGGAUUCGCCGAGCGGCGGCAUCUCGUACAGCACGAGCGGACGCACACCGGAGAGAGGCCGUUCUCCUGCCCGCUGUGCCCCAAACGCUUCGCCUCCAGGUCGGGCCUCAGCGACCACCAGAAGACCCACAGAGUGGAGAACGUGCACUGCUGCUCCUUCUGUGAGAAGGUCUUCUCCACGCCGUCGGCCCUCAGGGAUCACGUGAGGCUCCACACGGGACAGAAGCUCCACCCCUGCUCGCUGUGCAGCAAGAGCUUCAACCGGCCGGGCCUGCUGAGGAAACACCUGCAGAAACACGCCGAGGAGAAACGAGUGACCGCGGCUGAAGACGCUGCGAGCAGCGAGGAAAAUCCUACUCGCUGCCCCGUGUGCCGCAAAGAGUUCUCCACCGCCGAGAAGCUGCAGCAGCACAAGCAGCUCCACCAGGGGGGGCUGCAGUUCGUCUGCGACAUCUGCGGCCGGGGUUAUACCAGAGCGUCGCGGCUCAAGGAGCACAUGAGGUGUCACACCGGAGAGCGACCGUACCAGUGCCACGUCUGCAAGAAGCGCUUCUCCCUGCAGCGAGUGUUCAGGAAGCACCAGCAGAUCCACUGCAGGGAGGGCCACGCCCCCGCCACGCCCCCGGACCACAGCUCAACGCCGUCAGGAGGCGACCACCAGCUCAGUGACAGCAGCCUGGACGGGAUGUCAGCAGGUACUGACGGUCUGAACGAGCUGAAGGUCGAGCACGGAGAGGACGUGGUGCGUUCACUGCCUGACAGCAAGAAUCUCCACAUCUGCUCCGUCUGCGGGAAGAGCUACUCGAGGCCGUCCAGACUCAGAGAGCACUUCAAGAUCCACGCCACGGAGAAGCUGCACCGCUGCUCGGUGUGCGGGAAGUCCUUCACCACCACCACCAACCUGAGGGCGCACGAGAAGAUCCACAUGGCCGACAAGCCCCACCCCUGCAGCAUCUGCCCCAAGAGCUUCCUGAGGCCCUGCCUGCUCCGCAAACACAUGAGGAUCCACAUCAGGGACGGACUCAUCGCAGACCCCGCCGACAAGGAGUUCUGGCUCAACAUGCAGACUGUGGAGGAGGAGAGAGAGGAGAAGGGAGGGCUGAUGAUGAAGGAGGAGGAGGAGGAAAGUCUGGACGAGCAGGACUCGGAAGACAUUUUCACCACCGUGCAGUCCUGCAUCCCCAAAUCCAUACCUCUACUUGGUAACUAUGGCGACCACAACAGUUUGCUGGUGAAGGAGGACGACAGUGGGGAAGGAGACGUCAGUGGUUUGAUAAACUCUGAUGGAGAGGAAGAAGACUGGAAACCAGUGGUCAUCGAAGCCGAUGGCCGCUCAGAGGUGCAGGUAGACGGUGGCGGCGACGGUAAAAGCAAACACUGCUGUCCCGUGUGCGGUCGAGACUGUUUCAAAGCGUCAGCUCUGCAGAAACACCUGAGGAUCCACUCCGGCGAGCGUCCGUUCCAGUGCCCCACCUGCAGGAAGAGCUUCACCCAGCAGGUCCACAUGACGGAGCACCAGAGAAUCCACACUGGAGAGAAGCCCUACACCUGCAACGACUGCGGCAAGAGCUUCACCUUCUCCAGCGCCCUGCGCCGACACCAGCGGCUGCACACCGACGCCCGGCCGUACCAGUGCUCCGUCUGCCAGAAGACCUUCAAACAGCAGAGCUCACUCAAGAGCCACCAGCUGACACACUCGGGAGUCCGAUACCAGUGUCCGGUCUGCAGCAAGAGCUUCAGCCGCGCCCUCGAGCUCACCUACCACGUGGAUGUGCACUCAGAGGCCCGGCCGUACUUCUGCAACAUCUGCAAGAAGAACUUGAGCGGCGCCAGGAUCUUCCGCAACCACAUGAAGAAACACGAGUCUCAGAACUCGCCGCUACCGCUGAUGUCACCGCCACGAGACGGACCGUUGUCAGACUGAAACCACCGGACAGACACUGACCCACAGAGCCGAGUUCAGUCAGUUCAUCACGUCAGUUCCGAGAGAAACUGAACGACUUUAAAGGCUUUAAAGGGAUAGUUCAACAUUUUAGUUCAAUGUCAAGAGUCAAGUUCAAACCUGGAGGCAGGAUGUGGUUAUCCUAGCUUAGCAUAAAGACUGGACACAGGGAGAAACAGGGAGCCUGGCUCUGCCAGCAGAAGUGUGAACAGUUUGUUUGUCGCUUUAGACGUGUUGGCAGGUGUGUUUGUGUGUUUUGGACAGAGCUAGCAGACUUCUUCAAUAUUCUCUGAUUUAAAAGCAGCAGGUAGAUCAUGAAGCUGCGUCUUCUCUGGUCCCCUGACGCAACAUUCAAUAUAUGAUAAUAUAUAAUGAUAAUGUAAUAAUAAAUAUAUAUAAUAUAUCA